ACCACGAUUUUUAAAAUGUCCCACCCCAACCAGGCACAGAUUACCGCAGAGGCAGAGGAGGCAUCUGCUUAUGGUGGUAAAAUUCGAGGAGUGGCAGGAGCAGCUGCACAGAGGGAGCACACCUGUUACCCACAGCUUUCCAAAGUGUCUGAAAGAGGGGGAAACGAUUAUAAUCAAGGGGCGGCUCCAGGCUCAAGCAAAAAGCCUUUUCCACUCUACCUUUAUGGCCAACAGCGACCCUCUUCCCCCCUGCCACCAGCUCUGCUCAGGGAGCUUCCGCCCAAAGUUGCCUCACAUUUCAGAUUCUCAAUUAAUCUGCUGUGUCAGAACGGUGACGACAUCGCUUUCCACUUCAACCCACGGUUUGACGAAGGCCAGGUGGUCGUGUGCAACACGAGGCAAGGAAAAUGCUGGGGUAGUGAGAAACGAUUCCCGAAAAUACCCAUCCAGGAGGAUGCAGAUUUUGACUUGAAGAUCCAUGGCAAUAACCAGUGCUAUGAGGUAUUUGUCCACAAUCAUUUAUUUCUACGAUACGAGAGCAACUUUCCUUUCUCUACCAUCCGGGCUUUGGAGGUCAAAGGGGACGUCUCCGUGAUUGAUAUCAGAACUGCUCAGUUUUCACCUAUUGCUACAAGUCCGAUUUCAGAAAAGCUUUAUCUGCUGAGUUUCUCUGUCGGUCAUCUGUUGCUGUUCAAGGCACAUAUAAGAAAAAGCCACAUCCCUACUUGCUGCCUUAGCGUUCCCUUUUCUAGAUCCAUUUUUGGUGGCCCAGCUGUGGAGAUGAUUUUGAUCAAAGGCCGGGUGCCUGCUGACGCAAAAAGAUUCUCGAUUAACCUAGGGUGCCACAACAGCAACAUUGCCUUGCACAUCAACCCACGGUUUGAUCAAGGGCCACCGGUGGUUGUAUGCAACACGAUGGAAAAUGAUGUCUGGGGUGCCGAGGAACGGAUCUCAAACACACCCAUCCAGCCGAAUACUGAUUUCACGUUGGCCAUCGAGAUCAGGAACAACUGCUAUGAGGUAUCUGUCAAUGACAAUCGUAUUGUGGAAUACUAUCACCGCCUCCCUGUCCAUACUGUCCGAACUUUGGAUAUUCGAGGGGAUGUCGCCUUGGCCUCCAUCAGCUUCCGUGAACUACCUGGAGAAACGCAGACCUAUCCUUCUCAAUUCAGUGUCAUUUCAUGAACCAGUGAGACACCAGAGAGACAGCUUCUGGCUGUCAGAAAUCACUUAUAUCACUACACUACCAAGGAAACUGUCUACCAUCCCUCAUCACUUUGCAUCUGCUCCUCCCUUGAAUGGCAUUUUGAGCAGAAGUGGUAAAAAUAAAGCAUUCAUAUACUUAACAGA